AUGUUUCUUGCGAUCACCUCACAUUUCGAAUAAGUAGUUGAUGACUCAAGCUGGGGUUGGAGCAAUGAGACCAUAUACACUGCAACUCUAAUUAACCGGGAGACAAAGGAAAAAAUCGGAUUGAGAGAUGGAGUAUCCCAAGUCUACAGUAUGCAGCAAGUGAAGGGAUGCAAAGGCCUGUUGAUGGUUCAGAUGCGCAGUCUCUGCCUUCUUGACAUUGAGAAUCUGAAAGUCACUCAUCUUUGCAGUAAUUCUUUGGGUUAUUCUGACAGCGAUUUGACAAGCACUUUCUGCUAAGUGGACAAUGGGAAUGGACUGCAAAUAGGGAUGGUUUCGUUCGAUUAAAAAGUUUCAGCUGUGAAGAUUUGCUCCUUUAAAUAUUGA